AUGGCCAUGCGGCUCUCGCAGGGUCCGGAUCAGGGACGAUUGGUAACAGGCCAGGUCGAGCGUGUAAAUAUGAAUGUGUUGAUAGUAUUUAGGAGCGUGGAAGCCAUCGGUUGGGGACAAAUGGCAAGCAAGGUAGCAAAGCAACCACCUUGGGACGAGAAGGUUUGCGCAGGUUUAAGAUGUGGUGAAGGGUGA